AAGUUUGUCUCUGCGAUUGACGAUUCGCUCUCUCCGGGUAGGAUUGAUGAAUCGACGGGUUGUUAUGUUCUUUCUCCUCUGAUUCUUUGGAUUUACAUAGGGUUUCAUGUGGUUUUCUUCGCAAAUUAGGUUACGGAAUUAUGGAUUAGGGUUUUCAAUCGAAUCGGGUUUCAUCACAAUAAAUAUUUCAAUUUAAUAAAUAAAUAUUUCAAUUUAACAUGUUUUAAUUUUUUUGAAAAAAAUUAAAAAUAUUUUCAAAUUUAUUAUUUUUUUAUUCUUAAAGAUUCCUAAUGAAUAACACCAUUGGACAUACUUAUUUGAUUAGAAUCUUUAACUAUUUUGAAAAAAAUAAUAAUAAUAUAAUAUACCUAAACAUUCCAAAGGUGAGUACACCAUUGGAGAUGCCCAUAGAGGUUAGUUGCAACAUGAUACUACUGAGAGUUUCAACUAGCAUUUGGCGCUUGCGUAAACACUCCACUAAAAAGAGGAGCUAGUUGAUUGCUCUUAUAAUGGAGGGAAUAAAAAAACUAAAUGCAGGCAAACAAAAUAUGAGACCAUGACUGUAUCUACACGACUAAGCUUCAACAUUAAUGUUAACAUUUUUCCUUUUGGUAACGAAUGUAAAAAGAAACAUUAUACCUUCUUUUCUUUUUGUUCUAAAAUACCAUACUUUUUUUUUGCUAAGAAAAUACCAUACUUAUAUUACCUCAAUUUGGGUAUUUGUGGGAUACCAGUUGAUUUAAUACUUUACGAGACUUCAUUGAUGUAAUGUGAAAGUUAUAUAUUUAUGUUGAUCUAAGCCCAAAUCAGAGCUCAUGAAAAUGUCUUAAUCUAAUAAGAAAAACACGUGAUGAAACAUUUAGUGAUUUACAAGUGUCGUAAGAUCUUACUAACCCUUAAAUACGUAUGACCUGUUUUUGCGUAGCAUAAAAAAAAAGCCAGAGAGCGCGCGAGAGCGAACGUUCCGUUGAUCAUGUGCCUCUUUGAACUCGAAGCUCUUUAAAUACAAAAUCGAGUGCUCCACUUCGAACAAACAUUAAAACAAAGACAAAAUAAAGGAAAAAUGGUGUCUCUUUUCUCAGUUGUUUUGACUUUUAUUGCUAUUAUACUCAUCCCUGGUCUCUUCAUCUCUAGGCGUCUAAGUGUUCCUUUCUCCAUAAGAAACAUCCUCAGAUUCAUUAAACUUGCAGCUUCUCAGAACGAUGACGAGGGAGAGAGGAACGAGAAACGUGGUACAAUGGGAGAGAAAGAGAAACGAGGGGGAUUGCCAAAGCAUGUGGCGAUUAUACUGGACGGAAACAGACGUUGGGCGCAGAAACGAGGAGUCGGGACAUCGGAUGGUCACAAGGCCGGAGCGAGGAGGGUUAUAGAGAAUGCUAAGGACUGUUUCGCUAUGGGGAUAAACACUGUCUCACUCUUUGCUUUCUCCACUGAAAAUUGGGCAAGACCCGAGGAUGAAGUUAACGGCCUGAUGUCCUUGUUUGAGGAAAACUUUAGGUCUGAGCUGCCUUUCUUCCAAAGAGAUAAAAUCAAGAUCUCGGUUAUUGGAAACCGGACGAAAAUCCCCCGGUCACUUCUAAGUUUGAUAAGAGAAACAGAGGAAGCUACAAAGAGUUAUGAAGGGAAGCAUCUCAUUUUAGCAAUAGACUAUAGUGGAAAAUUUGAUAUACUGCAAGCGUGCAAAAGUCUAGCCGAAAAGGCUAAAAAUGGGGUGAUCCAAGUAGAAGACAUUGACGAGAGUGUGAUAGAUAAAGAGUUGAUGACAAACUGUAGCGAGUUUCCAAAUCCUGACCUAUUGAUCAGAACGAGUGGAGAGCAAAGGAUUAGUAACUUCUUCUUAUGGCAAUCUGCUUACACUGAGCUCUACUUUCCUAACAUUCUAUGGCCUGACUUUGGUGAGGCUGAGUAUCUUCAGGCUUUGACUUGGUAUCAGCAAAGGCAGAGGCGAUUCGGUCGACGAGUUUAAACUUUGUAUUUCAUUUCUCACAAAUAAAAUGCACUUGUUUGCAAUAAUUUGCCUUUUGCUUUUGUGUAUUAUUGUUCUUUGAUUCUCACACGCAUGUAUAAGUUGUUAGUAACAUCGUUCUCUUGUGACACAAGAAACUGGAAUAUCUCAAAAGGUCUAGUUCUUGAGGUAUAAAACGUCCAUUAUUACACAUCAUAUACAGUUUUUAUUACACCAAUGAAAAA